UACCAGAUGACACAAUGCCUACAAAAAUAGCCGUAGAGGAGGCUCCGAUGGAGAUGACGGAGCUAGAAAGAAAGUCCUCUAACGGGAAACCUGAGAAGUUUGAACAGGCUAACCCAGAGACAGAAGCUAUAGAGAAAUGUUGUCCAUGUAUACAUACAGUCCGUCAUAAAAUGUGGUUUAAGUGUUUUGUUUUCCUGAUAGUUUUUGGAUUAGACGCUACAGAUUUAAUCUGUGACUGGUUGUUAUUUAAAGAUGUCUUUCUGACAGAGGAGGGAUUAGUUUAUGGACCUCCUGAACCAGCUAUAACAUGGUCCCUCCUUGCUUUUUCUAUUCUUGGAACAUUUACUUUCAUUUUUGAAAUUUCUAAUUUGUGGUGGGAAGUUUUCCGUGAAAAUCCCUGGAUAGAUUCGGACAUGGCAUCAGCCAUUACAAUUUGGGUUGAGGAUGUUCCCCAGAUAGCUCUAAACGUUGCCAUUGUUGUCUGCAGGGAGGAAGCUAUCAGUUACCUACAGCUUGUGAAGGCAAGUGUUAUGAUUUUUGGAAUAUGUAUUCGUAUAAUUGUAUCUUUAAUUCGUUACUGCAGUAAGAGCAACCUAGCUAAAACCAAAGAAAAGACCAAAUGGGCGAGAACACAUGUUGCAUACAGAGUCUUCAUAAUGUUUGGACUGAUUCUAAUCUUUGCUGGAUCUGUAACAGUUUUCUUUUGUACUCAGUUUGAAAGAAGUUUGGAUGGUGACAUCAAAUUCAACAUUCCACGUACACUAUUUGAGGGGAAGUAUGACGAUGAAAGAUACUUUGAUAAUGUCAGCAUGUAUUUCAAUCAUCCAGUCAUUGAUUUUGAAAGCAGCAUAGAAAAAGCUAACUGGGUCCGUCUCAUUACUUUAUAUGAUGUACGAGAAAAAGAAUCUGAAACUUUUAAAAUUGAAUAUGAUGAAACUACAAAAACCAAGUUAAUAAUCUGGCAGACUGGAAGUUCUCAAUUGUUAGUUGCAAAGGAAUGCUACACAAUGGACAAAACAGCGAAAACUGUUACACGAGCAACUGGGACAUGUAAUUCAAAUUUUAUCACUGGGAAUAGAGUGAAAUUCAUCUUCAAAUUCACUUUCAUCAAACCAAAUGUUCCAAAUCUAAUUUUUGGGGACAUCAAAUUUAACACAAAGGUUAACGAGACAAACAAAGCUUGCCAUGACCCUGAUAUCAGGAUCUUUGAUGAUAUAAGGAACCGUAAAGUUGGUGCCGUGACCCACCCAGUGAUUCAUUAUUAUAGAACACAAUCAACAGCUUCACAAGACCAUCAUACAAUCUGGACUACUGGACAAUCAGCACGAUUUUUCAGAGUAAAAUCAGACUUAAUCGAUAUAACAACCGUUUGGAAGACAGGAUUUGGAUACUGUGAAAGUUCUGGUAGUUUAGCCCCCCACCACAAGACAGAUAUAGGAGUGGACUGUAAUUCAUAAACAUACUGUGUAUUAUCUUUACAUUAAUGUUAAAAUAAAUCACUUUUCAUACGGAAAAAUUUCCUGCAAAUGGAAGGAAAUAAAUAAAAGUAGGGUAAAGGGUCAGUGCAUGGCAAACCAACAACAUCUAAAUGAUAAAUCACCUGAUAACUGAAAGUAAACAAACAAGAAGUGAAAUUUAAAAAAUAUAUAGAUAAAUACACAUUACGAGAAAAGAAAUCUAAAAGUAAACUUAAUGGAUUUCUAGAUAAUCUAUUUAAAUGUAAUCAGUGCUGUUUUGUUGCUGUCUCUUUGAAUACUUAAGUAACCAUAUCUCCUUUUAUCCAUACAUGUUGGAAAAGUUUGUGUGCAAUAAAAUUGAGAAUGGAAAGAGAAUGCGUCAGAGACUACAACCUGACUAAAGUGCAGAAAACACACAAAUCCCACACCUUGAGAUAUUCUUCAGCUGGCCCCUAAACAAAAAUGUGUACUAAUUCAGUGAAAAUGAACGUAAGACUCAACUCCAAAACAUAUAAAUGAAAAACAAAAUAUAAAGAUCAUACAAGACUUACAAUGUCCAUAGGCUUCUAACCUGGGACAGGCACAACAAUGUGGUGGGGUUAAACAUGAUAAGUUAGAUCUCAACCCUCAAUAUAUAUAUGCAAAACUGUAAACCACAACAGUUCAUGUGGUGCAUAAAAUUCCUUAGCCAGAAUCUAAAAAAUUUAUAGUAUAACUAAUCGCCGUAUUUGAAUAUCAAAAAUAAGACAACGCUUGACUG